AUGAUUUAUGAAAAAAGCAGUAUCUUGAGUCCAAUUUACCUUUUAGAUUUUCUAAAAGAGAUUAGUCCCCUUAUCGAAUGACACAACUGUGAAUAUCCAGAGGCAUUAAAUUGCUUUAACGCUUAUGAGAAUUCUAUGCUUGUUUUAGACCUAACUGAUCGCAUUGAAAAUCAGUUUUUUAUUUCAGAAUUAUGUGAAGAAAGAGCAGUUCCUCAUUUGCUGUUUGAAAAUAAGCUGAAUUAUAUUGAUCAAUUUACUUUUUCAGUUGCAACAUCUCUUUUAGAUCAAAUCAAUGCCUUUAUUGCUGUUCUUCGCUAUUUUGGAUGAACUCAAGGCCUUGUUGCAAAUAAUGGGUUAACCAAUUCGAUAGGAGAAAAUCUUAACAAUUACUCAGAAAAAUUCAAUUAUUUAGCCAUUGAAUCUGGAGCAAACAUUGACGAAUUAGUAAAUAGAAUUAUUACUCCCUUAGGAUCAACUUUAUACUACAUUUUCUUAGACUCUGAAAAAUCCUAUAUAAUUCAAAAAGCUUUAAUAUCCACUAAACUUUUAGAUAGUGGAAAUGGGAUUGUUUUAGAUCAGAAAAGUGGAUACAAAUGCAUAAUCAAUGGAGCGUUAAUUAUUACAGUCAAAGGACAAGAAUUAAGUGCUUCAGAUGAAGAUUACAAGAAAUCAUCAAUAAAAAAUCUAAUUUCUGAGCUGUUAAAUCGCAUUCAAACAGAAAGCAAGCUUGAAAUCUUUUCUCAGCUAAAUUUCCUGCUCAAAAAGCACUCCAUUAGUAGAAAUUUUUCAUUAAUUAAUAUCCAAGGAGGCAAAAAAGUUAUAGUCGGAGAAAUUAUUGAUGAAAACUUAUCAGUUUUUAGAAAUAUAACAUUUCCAGGUAAUUGCACUACAAUUCCAAAAUCAGAAAAAAAAAUCUUGCAGCUGAGCAUAGAGGCAGGCACUUCAAAUCCUGUUGGGCCACCUAUUCCCUUUGGAUUAAUUGGAGGAUAUGGCUCAUAUGCAGCUGCAGAUGUUAUCAAUGAAGGCGACUCUGGCGUGCUCACAAAUUUCCAAAUCGAAAUGUUUAAUUUUGACUGUGGGACAACAAUAUAUAAUGCCACAUUUGCUAAUGCAUGCUAUUUAAAAGACAAAGAAAAAUUUGGUCUAGGACAUAUAUCAGCAUUAGGAUCAGUCAUGACAAUUGGCUCAAUGAUUUCUUUUAAGCAGCUCAAUUUGACAUUUCCAAUUGUGAGUGCUGCAAAUGGAGAUGCAAGCCUGAGUUCUAAAGCUAAUUUCCCAAUGUACAUGAGAGUUCAGCUUUCAAUCUAUUAUGGAUACUCACUACUCCCCGUUUUAAUAAGAGCUUUUGGGUGGCAAAAAGUUUCUGUUCUUUACCAAAAUGAUUCAUUAGGAUUGGCUUCUUAUUAUUAUUUAAGCCAAAGCGCUAAAAACAACAAGCUCUUUAUAAUUAAUCCUGAAAGUAGUCGAUCUAUCCCUCCAAAUCUUGACAGAAGUGGAGUAAAAAGGUAUUCAUAUCUACUUCAAGAGAUUAUUGAUUCUCAAGCAAGAGUAUUUAUUUCGCUUGUGCAAAAUCCUGCAAUUUAUUACAUAUUGGAAGAAUUCUAUAAUUUAGGACUCAGAAAAGGAGAUCUCGUUGUUUUGACUUCGCUUUCAGAAAUUGUUCCACUUGUAGGAUAUGAUAAUCUAUACAAAUAUAAAUUAUAUGAGACUGGAGUUCCAAUUAUAACUAUGUACGGACAAAGCUGAGUUGGACCGCUUGGAGCAAAAGCCUUAUUAAAAAUUUCAAGUGCUUAUGGAAACCAGAAGAAUUCCUAUAGCUGCUUUUAUUUUGACUCAGUAUUUUUGAUAGCUUAUGCUUUGGAUUAUAUGAUUAAUAGAGGAUUCGAUUAUACUAAUCCUAAUAAGCUAAAUGAAGUCAUGAGGAAUCAACAAUUUUAUGGGUGCACUGGAGAGGUUAUUAUAGAGAAAGGAUCAAAUGAUAGGAUUCUGCAAGCAUUUGAACUUUUUGCAAAUAAAUUAGAUGAGGAUAAAAAUUUAAAGACUUAUAUUGUGGGGCAGUUUAAGCCUCAAAGCACAAGACUUUUAAAAAUUGAAGAAUCUAUGGUAUUUGCUGAUGGGUCAACAAUAAAACCAUCUGACCUGAGAAACACCAAUUAUGAAUGUCCUUUUCCGAAUAGGCUAAUAAAGACUUUUGCAAAAGGAAGGGCUUUAGUUUUUGGGGUCUGCUUCGGUGUUGCAUUAAUUUCCCUAAUUAUUACUAUUUAUAUAUGAAGAAGAUGGUGAAAAAUUUCCAUUGAGCCAUUGAAAACAAAAGAAGAGAUUACAUUGCAGGAUUGUAUAGUCGGAGGAACAAUUAUAAUUGAAUUUUUUCAAUUUUUGGCAAUGGGUCCUGACUUCUCAGCAAUAAACUCUAUUAUAACUGGAAUAUUCGAUACCUUUUCUCUAAAUUUGGACAAUAUUUUGAAGCUGAGAAAUGGCGUUUUUUGAAUAAUUGUUAAUGUUGUUUUUGGAUCAAUUGGAUUAUGAGUAAUUUUGUGUUUGGUUGUACUUCUAAGACUUGAUGAAAAAUUUCCAACAAAUCUUAUAUUUAGAUAUUUGGAUAUCCUAGCUAACUAUUUGAUGCCAAUUUUAGGUGAUUUGUGCUUUAUUCCCUUCAUUUCUAUUUGUUUGGAUAUUUUCCUAUGUGAUCAGACAAUUGGAGAUAAUUUUACUGAUAGCUUUCUUGCUCAAGACUGCUAUUUUUUUUGCUGAACAGGCGAGCAUUUAACUUAUACAAUUUUGUCUGUAUUUGCUCUAAUAGCUUAUGAGCCGCUUGCCGUAUUUUGCAGACCUCUCUGGCAAGAACUGCAGCCUUAUUUGCAUGUCAAAGCAGUUCCUCUCUUUUUGAUGGUAAAGACAAUGGUUCAAAUAAUAUUGAUUGCGAUGAAUAAGACUGUAAAAAGAGCACAAAGCAUCCUCCAUGGGAUUCUCUUUAUAUUAGCAAUGUUUUUCUAUAUUAUUUUUUUAUUUAAAUUCAAACCAUAUUCUUAAGACUCUAUUUUAUCAGCGUCAAUUAGAUUUUUCAAUAAAUCAAGCCUUUUUAAUUAAUAAUUUUUUUUAUAAUUGGUAGAAAAAGAAUGCUUCGCCCAUACAACUAUCCAAGAUUCAGCUGAUGACAAGCUUUGGUUUCGACAGGAGUUGUCUGAUUUGCCAUAAUUUCAAUAGCAGCUCAAUGUAUUGGAGGAACUCCACUUAUAUUGGUAUUUAUUUUAAUAUUGGGACUUGCAAUUAUUGCUAUAAUCGGAGUUUAUGUUCAGCAAAAAAAGUAUCCAAGCCUCUUAUUCCGUAAUAAAGGUCAGGAUACAUCCAAUUUAUUUAAGUUUGCUUUUUCCUUUGGCAAGUCCUCAAAACUUGCCUUAUCUAAAAUUGUUCCAAAUGGAACCUAG